AUGGAACCCAGCGGCAUGCACAUCCCUGAAAAUGCGUUGUUGCAGCACGAAUAUAUGACCCCAAUUGGAUACUUCAAAUCAUCAAAAUGCGGUUACUGUGGGAAACGUGACAAGAUGGCGACUUCUAUGAGUCCUGCGUUCUACCAAACUCUCCUUGACAGAUAUUGGAGACGUUCAGGCACUCUCAUGUACCGACCCGAUCAACGUCGGUCAUGUUGCCCACACUACACUAUUCGUCUUGAUUCCAGCCAGUUCAAGCCAUCCAGAGAUCAACGGCAGACCGUCAACCGUUUCAAUAAGUAUGUCAUGGGAGAGGCUUACAUGAAAGAAGCGGCUCGCCUGUAUCCCAAGUCGCGUGAUGAGGCCAAGAAACGGGAUAACCAGUUUGAUCUCGUCGAACGAAUUCAUGAGGCUGAAGAGGCUAACUUGAAGAACCCUCCUGAGGCUGCUCAUAAACUCGUCGUGACUCUAGAGCAUGACGAUUGUACAGAUGAGAAGUUUGCUGUUUACCAGAACUAUCAGGCGGUAGUUCACAAGGAGUCUCCGGAUGAAAUUACCAAGAGCGGAUUUCGACGCUUCCUUUGUGACUCACCAUUGAGGAGAGAAACAAUGGUGACAUCCGAUGGGCGUAAACGUCGCCUAGGCUCCUAUCACCAAUGCUAUAGGCUAGAUGGUAAGCUAGUUGCCAUUGGAGUGCUUGAUCUUUUACCCGAGUGUAUAAGCUCAGUAUACUUUCUUUAUCAUGAAAGUAUUUACCAACAUGCGCCAGGGAAGCUUGGUGCACUGUAUGAGAUUGCCUUGUCUAUCGAGGAGGGCUAUGGCUGGUGGUACCCAGGCUAUUAUAUACACAGUUGCCCCAAGAUGUGGUACAAGAUUGAUUACUCACCUCAGUAUAUUCUUGAUCCUGUCUCAUUGACUUGGGACCCACUGGAUCGAACUGUGUUGGAUCUCCUCGACAAGAAGCCGUACGUGAGCCUUUCACUUGAAAAGGAGCAGGCCUCUCGCGAGAUCGAACAAAGUUCGGUGUCGCCUGCCAAGGAUACAAGCGAGAUUGACAAAGCGGAGGACAAAGGUUCCGACUCUGCAGCAUCGGAUGAAGAUGACAACAACUGGUUGUUUUCCACUGGGAUGCCAGGCAUACCUCCGAUAUCCACGGUCGCCGACUGGGAUAUGGAUCAUAUCGCUUUGAAGAUCUCCCCGAGAACUCCAUUAUAUGAGACCUGUAAUCUCGUCAGCUGGGAUGAACAGGGGGUCGAGGAAUAUCCAGGAAUGAAAGCUGGUGUUGCUGAGCUCAUCGCAGCAAUUGGCCCUGACUUGAUGGACCGGGUCUGCCUGGACUUUUCCCGGAGACGCUAG